AGAAAAAAGCAGCGUCGUUGCAACGCAAAGUUUUCACUUUCACAGGUGAAGGCGACUCUCUCAAAUCUGAAUAAAUACAACACAAAAACCCUUUUUCCCGGCACCCAAAUUUCCAAUCACUCGCUUCAUCGUCUCUCUCACUCUCUCUCUCCAAUGGCGCAGAUGGAUCCCGACGCGGUGGCGAAGGCCUUCGUCGAGCAUUACUAUUCGACCUUCGACACUAACCGUGUCGGUCUCGCCGGUCUCUACCAGGAAGCUUCCAUGCUCACCUUCGAAGGUCAGAAGAUCCAAGGAGUCCAGAGCAUCGUCACCAAGCUCACUUCUCUCCCUUUCCAGCAGUGCAAGCAUCACAUCUCCACUGUCGAUUGUCAGCCUUCUGGUCCCGCCUCCGGUAUGCUCGUUUUCGUCUCCGGCAACCUCCAGCUCGCCGGCGAAGAGCACAACCUCAAGUUUAGCCAGAUGUUUCACUUGAUGCCGACUCCACAAGGAAGCUAUUACGUGUUCAACGAUAUAUUCAGGUUGAACUAUGCCUGAACAGACAAUCAGAUUGUUAGCAUACAUCUUCAAUGUUGCACUACUAUACUAUUUGAUCAAUCCUUCUUAUCAUUUCUCUCUUAUCUUUCUUUUCAUUGUUCUUCGAUCCUAGAUGAUUUAUCUCGACAACAGAGGAAAAACUGUCUCUCUUGUAUUUGGUUUGAAUGGUUUCCAAUGUCACUUUUGUUCUCUAUUUUCUUAGUUGGGAAUGCGCUUUUCUUCCGAA